UGUCGGCGGAGUGCGGCGCGGAAGAGACGCGAGCGGAAUCUUGCUUCAGGCCUGAGCUCUGGUCCUCGCUGAUAUUUGCGGAGUUUCGCUCAGGAAGCUUACGGCGUUGGCUGGACUUACAGCAGUUUUCAAAAGCGGCUGGAGUUUUGGCGGUUGUCAGCAAGUGGCACCAUGGUGGAGGAAGUGCAGAAACACUCAGUACACACACUGGUGUUCAGAUCACUGAAGCGAACUCAUGACAUGUUUGUUAGUGAUCAUGCAAAGCCUAUUGCGGUUGAUGAGAAAAGUUACAAGCUCAAGAUGAAUGUGAAGUUGCAAACAGAGUACAGUCCUGUGCUUCACAUGCCUGUACUUAAAGAAAUCAGAGAAAAAAGUUCUCAGUCUGAUUCCUAUAACCAUGGACGUUAUAGCCUAAGUCAAGAUCAAGAACCUGAAUAUGUUAUAACUGGUACUCAUCCAUACCCAUCAGGUCCAGGAGUAGCACUGGCAGGUGAUACACAGCUGCAAAAAAUGCCCAGUGAAGCAAGCUCUCAUGCAUUGGCUAUGGCAAUUCCAUCUUCAAAAUCCAGGCAAGAAGUUAAUCAUACCGCUGCCAGUGUUGUUGACAUCCACAGACAUGCAGGCAUUGCUGAACGUUCACAGCCUCCAGUGUCAUCCAUGGCUGUGUUGGAAGCUGGAAGCACAAAGAAUUCCUUACAAGUAGCAAGAAAACUUCCUACAAUGCCAAAACCACAAUGGCAUCCACCUUGGAAACUAUACAGAGUAAUCAGUGGACAUUUGGGCUGGGUGAGAUGUCUUGCAGUGGAACCUGGCAAUCAAUGGUUUGUUACUGGCUCAGCUGAUAGAACUAUUAAGAUCUGGGAUCUAGCUAGUGGUAAAUUGAAGCUGUCCUUGACUGGGCACAUCAGCACUGUACGUGGAGUGGCAGUCAGUUCACGCAGCCCAUAUCUUUUUUCCUGUGGAGAAGAUAAGCAAGUGAAAUGCUGGGAUCUGGAAUAUAACAAGGUUAUUCGUCAUUACCACGGUCAUUUAAGUGCAGUGUACGGGCUUGAUUUGCAUCCUACUAUUGAUGUCUUGAUAACAUGCGGCAGAGAUUCAACAGCAAGGGUGUGGGACAUUCGAACAAAAGCAAAUGUACACACGUUAACAGGGCACACAAAUACAGUAGCAACUGUGAAGUGCCAGGCUGGAGAACCACAAAUUAUUACAGGAAGCCACGACACAACUAUACGACUGUGGGAUUUGGUAGCAGGGAAAACUAGAGUCACUUUAACCAAUCAUAAGAAGUCUGUUCGUUCUCUCAUUCUCCAUCCAAGACAGUAUACCUUUGCUUCUGGUUCUCCAGAUAAUAUAAAGCAGUGGAAGUGUCCAGAUGGUAUUUUUAUUCAGAAUCUACCCGGUCACAAUGCUAUUAUCAACACACUUGCUGUCAACUCAGAUGGCGUGUUAGUAUCUGGAGCUGACAAUGGCACUAUGCAUCUUUGGGACUGGAGAACUGGGUAUAACUUCCAAAGAAUACAUGCUGCUGUGCAGCCAGGCUCCUUGGAUAGUGAAUCUGGGAUUUUUGCAUGCACAUUUGACCAGUCAGAAAGCAGGUUACUUACAGCAGAAGCUGAUAAAACAAUCAAAGUCUACAAGGAAGAUGACAUGGCUACUGAAGAAACUCACCCUGUCAACUGGAAACCAGAGAUCAUCAAAAGGAAGAGAUUUUAAGAACUUAAUUUCUUGCAGUUUUGUUUUCCAUCUGGCUGGAAAUGUUUCAGAUUUAGUUUAUCUUGGUUAUACAUUGCACCCUAUAAUAAAUUGUACAAAUCUGACAAUGACAGUGAUAUAACGAGACAGCAGGUAAUGAGGUAGAAAAUCAAAAUCAUUUUUUUUAAAAGUGAGAAAAGAUUAUAAGGGAUCUUGGGAUAAGUUUAUUUUCCACAAUAUCUUUCUAUAAUCUACAAGGCUAAAAUCGAGAAUGUGAAGGAAUUCCCUCCACUUGCACUUUCAAUAACUGUCAAGAUGUUUGACACUAUCCAAGUAAGGAAGUUUCUUGAUCUUCAAAAACAAAAAUGGAAAAUGCUGGACAUAGCAUAUGAGGCAUAUGUAGGAAGAUGUUUAGCAUGUCACACCAGACAGUCAGCCAUUCUUGUCUAGCGUGUAGUGUCAGGAUUGGUCUCCUUUCGGAUUAACCAGGUCAUGAUAUGAACAUUCCUGACUCGACCCUUUUUUGGUUACGAGGCCAGGUGGCUAGCUUGAUACUCAACCCGGCACGGAUGGUUAGCAGGCUUGGGGGUAGCCAAACUUAGAUUCGAACUCGGAAGCCUUCACUCCGGAGUCUGGCACUGAUGCCAUUGCGCCGAUGUCUAUGCGCCACCAACCAGUGUUAACAGUUAGGGUGUAGGAAGUAAAACAAGGCUUAAUCAUCACCUUAUCAACUAUACCAUGACAAUGUAUUUGGGUGUUGUGUAUAUUAACAAAAUACACACCACCUUCACCCGCUAUAUUACUUUGAAAAUAUUUUGUCAUUUCUUCCUUAUUGCUGAUCUAAAUAACCUUGUCAACUGCACUAUACUCAAAGUCCAAUAUAAAGCAUCACGAAUCACCAGAAAUACAACCAAUCUGCAAAUUAAAGAAAAAAAUAACUUAGUAAUUGAUCAGCUCUAAAUCUUCUAGGUAAGAUUUUGAUACCUUAUAGCAUAGUUUAUAGAUAAGUUCUGAACUGUUGGUGUUUGCACAGCUGAUCUUUAUGAAAAUUAUUGCUAAAUGUUGUAUUUUUUGAACUUUAGGUUAUUAACUAUAUUUUGUCCAUCUACACUUAAACAUUAGCGAUGUCAUUAGUAUCAGUACUAUAACUGAAGAAUUACAGACCUCCAGUCAUAUUUCAUUGUUUUGUUACUUACUCUAUAUUGGGGAUGAAAUGCAUUAGGAAAGUCAAGUUUUCAUUAUUCAGUUAUACCCAUUGCUGGUUAUAUAGUCUAUUACAACAUCAUAGAUUCACCAUUGAAACAGAUUUAACCUCACUGAGUCUGCACCUAUUUACACUUUCCCAUUUAAUCCACCCACAUUAUUAUCAAUUCCACCUAGUUUAUAGAACAGCAAUUAACAGAGAGUUAGGAGAAAGCAAGUGAGUGAAUUGUGUGAAUGGUUGGGACCAGGAGUGGGAGAGAUGGGGUGGAGUGAUCAGAGAGGCUAGUUGGAAGGUACAAGAAAGAGGACUAAGAUGGGGGGGAUGAGAACUAUAGGAGGAUUAAAAGGAGAGAAAACAGCAGAGUGAAAACCCUGAGAUGAGGUUUACCUGAAAGUGGAAAAUUCAAUGUUCAUGCCAUUGAGUUUAGACUACCCAGACAGAAUGAGUUGUUCCUCUGGAUUGGGAUGGCCAUUGUUAACUGUACAGGUGCUCUACAAAUCAUUCAAUCAUUAUGCAUUUGGAGGAAGCCAGGUUUAUUUAUUUGGUGAUACAGCAUGAAAUAGGCACUUCUGACCCUUCAAGCUAUGCCGCUCAGUGACCCCCAAUUUAACCAAGUUUCAUCACAGGACAAUUUACCAUUGCCAAUUAACCUGCUUAAUUAGUAGGUGUUUGGACUGUGGGAGGAAACUGGAGCACCCAGAGAAAACUCAGACAUUCCAUGCAUGAUGUACAAACUCCUUACAGAGAACAUAAAACGAGAUGCUGGAAAUCUAGAGUAACGCACAGAUUGCUGGAGGAACUCAGCAGGCCAGGUAACAUCCAUUGAAAGGAUUAAACAGUUGUUUAGCUCCUUACAGAGGAUGCCAGGAUUAAACUCUGAACUCCAGUGCCUUGAGCUGUAAUAGUGUAGCGCUAACCUGUAAGCUACUAUGGCUGGGAGCACUAAAUGCAGUAGAUGAGGUUGGUUGAGAUGCACGGAAGUGCCUCACCUGGAAGGACUGUUGACUUCCUAGCUGGUUGUGAGGGAGGAGAAAGAAGAACAGCCACUUCCGUGGAGCAGGAAAAAGUGCCAGGUGUUAGGAUGUAUUGAAUGGAUUAGGGAGUUAGUGGUCCCUGUGGAAGAUGGAAAGGAGUAGUGAGGAGAUGAUGUGACUGGUAAUGGGAUCCAAUUCUAGCUAGUGGAAAUGAUGACGGAUGAUGUGCUGGAUGCAGAGACUGGAGGAAAGGUGAGGACUCAGAGAAAUGUAGCCCUGUUUUGUCUGAAGGAAGGCAGAGUAAAGAACAAAUAUAUUAUUGAGCGCACUCUAUCAACUACAGUACAAGGGAACCUAUAUUCCCUAAAAAGGACAUUUCAGAGGGUUGGAUUGGAUGGCCUAAUGUUGAGAGAAGAUGAAUUGAAAUUGGGGAAAACAUGAUGGCAUUCGUACAAGAAGCAGGGUUAAUAUCACCAGCAUAUGUCAUGAAAUUUGUUAACUUAGCUGCAGCAGUAUAAUAGAAUAUAUGAUAAUAUAGAACAAGUAAGUAAAUCAAUUACAGUAUUUAAAUAAUUAAAAAUAGUGCAAAAACAGAAAUAAUGUGAAAUAAAAAGUGAGGAAGUGUU